AUGCCUACUUCUCCUGAUUCUCCUAUUCUCAUUAUCGGUGCAGGUAUCAGUGGUCUCGUACUGGCCCAAUACCUCCAGCGCCAUGAUGUUCCUUUCAAGAUCUUCGAUCGAGACUCCGCAAUCGAUGCCCGAAGUGGUGGAUGGGGUCUAACGCUGCAUUGGUCACUCCCCGCCCUGCGAGAAUUACUACCAGAACACAUCGUCGAGCGCUUCCCGGAAACUUUUGUCAACAAAGAAGCUUCCGCCCGAGGCGACACCGGUCGCUUCCAAUUUUUUGAUCUCAAGUCCGGAGAUGCAUUAUACAAUAUUCCCGCCGCGGAGCGCAUUCGCGUCAGUCGCGUUCGCUUGCGAGAGUUGCUGACAACCGGUGUGGGUGUUCAAUGGAACAAAAGCUUUCAAAGUAUCGAGUCCACAGCUGAUGAAAUCACCGCGCAUUUUGAGGAUGGCACAUCUUACACCGGGCGGCUACUGGUCGCAUGCGAUGGUUCACGGUCGCGCACACGCGAGAUUCUAUACCCAGAUGUACAGAUGAACCAGUUACCAGUGCAGCUUCUAGGUGCCUCGACACUGUACAGUGCGGAAGAGCUGGGUGGCAUCGAGUCAAUCGACCCUUUUAUCUUCCAGGGCUCGCAUCCUGAGUCUAAUGUGUUCCUAUUCUUCAGUUUUCUGGAUACCCCGGGCAACUUCGAGAAUAGUAGCAAGGAUCGUUACCACUGUCAAAUCAUCACCUCCUGGGCCGAUUCGAAGGGAAUCACAGUCCCAGACGCGAACGCCGAGCGCAUCACACUGAUGAAGAAGAUGACUGAUAGUUGGUCGGAACCCUUCCGAUCGCUCGUACACAAGCUCCCGGACGAUGUGGAAGUGCGCUCAAUUCGCAUUGAAGACUGGAUGUUCAGCCUGGGCAGGGCACACGCGCAUCCCCGGGCGGUGUUGAUGGGUGAUUCAGCUCACACAAUGACUAUGUUCCGCGGAGAAGGCGCCAACAACGCGAUCGUCGAUGUGUUGGAUCUCGUGAAGCGGGUCGAUAUGCGCCAGCCAAGCUCCUUCGACUCCGAAGCCUUGGUAUCCUCCCUCGCAGCAUACGAGAACGAUGUCUUCGCACGAGCCGAGCCUAGCUUCCUCAACUCUAGACAGGCAGUCGUGCAGCUUAGACGCAACGCUGUGCAACAUGGGUCGGAAAUUCAGUUCUUGCAUUCGCUUUUGGUGGACCUCGAAUCAUCUCCAUCCGAUCCAGUGCCCCAAGUCGUUAAAAAGAUCAAAAAUCAAAUAUUUCGGCUGGAGACCGGUCAGGACCCCACAGAAUCAGAUUUAUCCACCACCGCAUCGGCACAACGGGAAUCCAGCACAAGUGAGGACCGUGCACCUAGUAAAGUGUCACUCGGUGCAACUGACAGCACCUCAUCUCAAAUUGACUCAUCGCUUCUCACGGCUAUUGAACAUCUGGCUUGGGGUCGUAAUUCUGCUGGAUGCUUCCCUCACAUGACCUGCUCAUGUCAGUAUCGCAAAGAUGGACCCCAAUCGUUAUCAGGGACAGGCCCUCUCCCAGUCAAUGCAUCCAGUCCAGGGCUGAAUUCCUCCCUUCCCAGCGUUACGGACGCACAGAAGCUGAUCAAGUUCCAUUUAUGCCAUGUGGCCUGGCAUCAUAAUUGCAUUCAUGGUCCAAAAUUCCUCGAGCAGUGCGAGUUAUUCUGGGAGACUGGGAAAUUUGAUGAUCCUCUCUGGCUGGCACUCUACUUUUCUGUAUUGAGUGCCACCGUUAGCUCAAUCCAGGAUAGUACGAAAGUAAGAGAGCUUGUUGAUGUGGACCUACAGGCAAUACCAUCUACACAUCAACUGUUCUCUGCUAUGGUGCAAACCCUCUACAACUCACAUUUUCUCAGCAAUCUCUCCGUAUGCUCCGUUCAAGCAAUCGUCAUAUCAACCGAGGUCGCUCAUAAUCUUGGCUUGAGUCAACUGAACGCGACUUUAUUCAAUGCUGCAGUGCGCAUUGCCGAGUGCCUUGGGAUCCACAAAAUUCAGGAUCCAUCAAAGAAACCUGCGCAAAACAAAGAUGAAUGGGAUGAGAAGGUAGAAAGAGAAGUGGGAAAGAGAGUGUGGUGUCAAAUGAUUAUCCAAGACCAUUUCGCCAUUCCUUUUACCGACACCUACAGUAUCUCUCCGAUGCAUUUCUCGACAGGUCCCCCCAUGAACGCGGAUGAUUAUGACUUGACGGAUAUGCCUAUCACAUCCCCCACCAUAAGCACGUACAUCCGCGUGCUCGUGAAUUUGGCAGAAUUGAUGCCCGGUCUAGUUGACGGACUCGGUCCAAUGAAAUCCAGAAAGCCCAUGCGAGAGCAAUAUGAACAUAUUCUGCAUAUAGACCAGAAAAUGAGAGGCAUUGUGAAAAACAUACCCCCAGUCCUUCUGCGUGCCGAUAAAAUAAAGGAAGCACAAAUUCCAUGGCUUGCUAUCGCUCGACGGAGUCUUGCUAUCACUGCAGCUGAGAAGAUUAUCAUGAUCCAUCGGCCAUUCCUCUUCCGCUCUUUCAAUGACCAAACAUACAUCUACUCAAGACGUACCUGUGUUGCCGCUGCAAUGACAAUUUUGCGUGAGCACGAGGUAAUCGUAAGAGAAGGGGAUAUCUCGAUAUGGACUCAUACAGCCUUUGCGAUUACCGCUGCAGUCAUUAUGUGCUUUGAGGUUAAUGCAACUGCAGACAACCAAGUCACUAUCGCCCAAAGCCACAAGGAUGCCAUAGUCGCAGCUCGCACCCGCCUUGCUGAUCGGACUAAUGACGUGCUUGCUCAGCGAGGCGUCGCGUUAAUCGAUGCUAUCUUUACUGCCGACACAUCCUCCGACUCCGCGGGACCUGGCAACAAAAUGAUUGAUUUUGGUCAAAUUCUGGCUAAGUUCUCAACUUUUACGAGAAUGAAUCUAGGCCCUGACACCCCCGAAACAACUGUUAGCAGAUUCUCAAAUACCGAUCCCCAAGAUGUGAUCGGUGCUCAUUUUAAUGAAAUGCAGCCGGCGUGGGAUACAGCAGAAGAUAUCGAUUUUGAUGCAUGGUUCAAUGGAACAUUCCACACUCUACAUGACCCUCUUCAGUUUUGA